AGAAGACCCGACCCGACCUUGGCUCGUCAUCUCGUUGACCUGAUCCAUGGGUCCCACAGAACAAGCGCUCCGAUGGACGCGUGUCGGAACUGCUCGCGCUGGCCUGGAUUCGCACGCCGGUUCAGAUGCCCGCACUGCGAGUUGCUUGCAGAGGAGGAGGAGGAGGAGGAGGUGACGGCUGGACACAUACUUUGUAUUACGGCAAGAGAUCGGCAAAAAUGCCAGAUAUCCAGUUAGGAGUUCACACAUUGCGAUCCCAUGGAACCAAAGUUGCAAGAUUUCAUAUGCACGACUGGAUUAUACUCAUACUCCUCGCUAUAAUAGAUGGAUGCUUAAAUCUUAUAGAACCUUAUCAUCGGUUUGUGGGAAAAGACAUGAUGACAGAUCUGAGGUAUCCAUUGAAAAGCAACACAGUGCCAUUUUGGGCUGUUCCGUUAAUCGCCAUUCUGUUACCUUUUGCGAUUAUUAUUGGCAUAUACUUCAAAAGGAGGAAUGUGUAUGAUUUGCAUAAUGCCAUACUAGGCUUGCUUUUUUCGGUGCUUAUAACUGGAGUCAUAACUGAUGCAAUAAAGGAUGCUGUUGGCCGACCAAGGCCAGAUUUCUUCUGGCGCUGUUUUCCUGAUGGAAAUGAUAUCUACAACAAUGUGACUACAGAAGUUAUAUGCCAUGGGGAAAAGGGCGUAAUCAAAGAAGGGCACAAGAGUUUUCCAAGUGGACAUUCAUCGUGGUCUUUUGCGGGUCUAGGUUUCUUAGCAUGGUAUCUAGCAGGGAAAAUCCAGGCUUUUGAUCGUAGGGGCCAUGUCGCAAAGCUAUGCAUUGUAUUUCUUCCUCUACUUUGUGCAUCCCUUGUGGCAAUUUCUCGCGUCGACGAUUACUGGCACCAUUGGCAAGAUGUCUUUGCAGGAGGUUUUCUAGGAUUGGUAGUCAGUUCAUUUUGUUAUCUGCAAUUCUUUCCACCUCCUUAUCAUCUAGACGGUUGGUUGCCCCAUGCAUCCUUGCACACGAUGGCUGAUACUAGAAACGAGGUUCAGCUGCAGUCGACUACGAAUUCUCUUCAGUCAAGGCCAUCGGUGAUUGACACUGUUUAUGUUGCAUCCGAGGGUCAGAAUGGAAUCCACAUGAGAGACACAAGCGCAAUUAUGGACUCAAUGGAAGCCGGUUGGAGGCAUUGAUUUCCAGUACAUCAUCUCCUCUUCACAAACUGAGUUCUUAUCUGCUGUACAUUGCUGUGUAAAAUUUAUUCUUCUUCUUUUUCCCACUUAUGUCUGGUCUGCACUCUGAUACAUCAUAUUUGACAUCAUGUCAUGAUAUACUGCUACUCGUUUUUCUA